AAUGAUUACAGGCAAUCUCUUUAGAAAGGUUUAUCCGUUCAAAUUUGGAUUCUCCACUUCUUAUGCUGAAUUAAUUGCUUCAAAUAAAGCUAAUAGAGUAUAAGAUGUGGGAAGUUUGAAGGAAUUGUUAGAUUCUAUUUAUUAAACUAAACCAUAUUUACAUUGCAUUAUCUUUAACUAAGUUGGACAUCCAUAGUAAAUAUAUUUAUUAACUUAGCUAUUCAAAAGUGAAUGAAAUGUAUAAUGAUAUUUCUAAUUAAUUCGUUGGUUUUAAAUUCUAUAGGAUUAAUGUUGAUAAUCUAGACAAGACAGCCUAAUUUUUUGGAAUUAAAGUAUAUAUAUCUAGUUAUUAAUUAGAAUCCUCCAACAUCAAUUAUAUAUGGUCAAGGCUCACCUUUAGCUAAACAUGUUGGUCUGGGAAUAAAAUAUCUUUAAAUGAAAUUAUAGACAUCAUAAGAAUUAACUCAUAACACUGAUUUCAUUCCAGGCACAGAAUAAUGGGAAGGUCCAUAAGAUUUAUGGAAAGCCAAUUAUGAAGAUGACCAAGAGCCAUUUGAUUAUUUUGCCCGUUGAU